AUGCCUUUAGCGACUUUAACGGCUGCAAGAAACAAGCUUUUGCAAGAUACAAAAGCGCAACUAGAACAGUCAGGAAACCUUAAAACAUCUAUUAAAGAAAAGGUUUUAUUCGGAAUAACUGGUAUGUAUGAGAUAAUAUUGCGCAUGAGUGAAUCCCGCCAGACGUUGCAACUCCAGCUUGAAAAAGCUAAACUAAGUGCAAAGGAGGAACUGCUAAGAAAGGAAAAAGAGCACUUUGAUAAGUUGGAGGGUCUUUUGGAAACGUCCAGUGGAGCAGAUGCAAAGGGAACGGCCAGGGACAUUUUAAAAGAGCCGUAUUCAAAUCGAUCUACAAAGGGUACGAGUUCAGGAUCAAUCACCGCUGGUGCAGUGUUCAAAAUAUCUUGCAUACGGUCACGGAAGCAAACUGUGUAA